CAAGUCGUCGGUCCCGCCAUCUAGCUAGCGAAGUUGUCUGCCUAGCUCACAUUCGCAGCCUCUCCAAUUCUACCUACAGAUGCAUCGCAAUCCAUACAGAUGCUAGCCUGUUAUUUAUAGCCCACACUCCGCAAGAGGAAGAGUCACAAAGCCUACAGAGAUCGAUUGAACACUCAAGCUAAGACACACAUGGUAGUCAUAAACAAAGCGCAGGAGAUGAUCAUGGCUACUCUCUUCGUGCUCGGCUGCUUCCUGCAGACCGUCCAAGCCGCAAAGCCUGACGACGUCGCGCUCGCGUGGAGGCCGACCUCCCCCUUCCGCGACGAGCUCCGCGACCUCGGCGUCGCUGGGCUGAUCCGCGACGACGCCGAGGCCACAGCGCUCGUGUCCACUGACUUCGGCAACGUGACGGUCGCGGCGCCGGCUGCCGUGCUCUAUCCGUCGUGCCCCGCCGACAUCGCCGCGCUGCUGCUCGCAUCGUGCGCGCGCUCGUCCCCGUUCCCGGUGUCUGCCCGGGGACGCGGCCACUCCGCCCGUGGCCAGGCAGCCGCGCCCAACGGCGUCGUUGUCAACAUGCCGUCGCUUGGACGCCUCGGCGGAAGCUCCACUGCGUCCCGCCUCUCCGUGUCAGUCGAAGGCCAGUGCAUAGACGCCGGCGGCGAACAGCUGUGGGUGGAUGUGCUGCGCACCGCCCUCGCGCAUGGCCUAACGCCGCGUUCCUGGACCGACUACCUCCACCUCACCGUCGGCGGCACGCUCUCCAACGCCGGCAUCAGCGGCCAGGCCUUCCGCUAUGGCCCCCAGAUUUCCAAUGUCCAAGAACUGGACGUCAUCACCGGGCUCGGAGAGAUGGUGACGUGUUCGAAGGAGAGGCACUCCGACCUAUUCGACGCCGUGCUGGGCGGGCUGGGGCAGUUCGGCGUAAUAACGCGAGCGCGCAUACAGCUCGUACCAGCGCCGACGAGGGCGCGCUGGGUGCGUCUCCUGUACACGAGCGCCGCCGCACUGACGGGCGACCAGGAGCGGCUCAUAGACGUCGAGCGUGGCGACGCGUUGUCCGGGCUCAUGGACUACGUCGAGGGCACAGUCCUCGCAGACAAGGGCCUGAUAGGGAGCUGGCGCUCGCCGUCGCCGUCGUCAUCGUUCUUCGGCUCGGAGCCCGACGUCGCAGCGCGCGUCGCCAAGCUCGCCGAGGAGGCCGGCGGUGUGCUCUACUGCCUUGAGGGAGCUCUGUACUACGGCGGCGCAGCCGGCGGCGAGCCCGACGUCGAAAAGAGGCUGGAGACGCUGAUGCGUGAGCUGCGGUACGAGCGGGGCUUCGCUUUCGUGCAUGACGUGUCGUACAUGGGGUUCCUGGACCGCGUGCGCGACGGCGAGCUCAGGCUCCGCGCCGCUGGUCAGUGGGACGUGCCGCACCCCUGGCUCAACCUCUUCCUCCCCCGCUCCCGCGUCCUCGACUUCGCCGCCGGCGUCUUCCACGGCAUCUUCCGCCGCGGCACCACCGGCGCCAUGGGGCCCGUCCUCGUCUACCCCAUGAACCGGAACAGGUGGGACAGCAACACAUCGGCGGUGUUCCCGGAGGAGGAAGAGGUGUUCUACACAGUGGGAAUCCUCCGGUCGGCCGUGUCCGAUGGUGAUCUUGGGCGCUUGGAGGAGCAGAACAAUGAUAUCUUACGGUUUUGCGAGGAGGCCGGGAUACCGUGCGUGCAGUACCUGUCAUACUACGCCGACCAGGCCGGGUGGGAGAAGAAGCACUUCGGUCCGGCCAAGUGGGCCAGGUUCGUGGAGCGGAAGAGGAAGUAUGACCCCAAGGCGAUUCUGUCCCGUGGUCAGAGAAUUUUCACCUCCCCGCUGGCUUGAUCACGAAGUUAAUCGAUUGGCCCCGAGUCCCCGACCUAGCUACUAGAGACUAGAGAGGGAUAUAUAUAUAUAUAUAUAUAUAUAUAUAUAUAUAUAUAUAUAUAUAUAUAUAUAUAUAUAUAUAUAUAUAUAUAUAUAUAUUCUCCUUAAUGCUUGUUAUCAUGAUCUAUCUAGCUUGCGAGCAUGGAUGUGUCGGUCCGUGUGGAGAUGAGUUUACUGCAUGUUAAUUACAUGUUUGUAGGAGUAAUUGUUUAGCACGGUGCUGCUACAUAUUACAUGUUAUGUCAAAGUUAAUUACUCUUUUAUGUUCAUAUUACUUGUGGUAGAUUUUCUUAAAUAUGAAUGUACUUCUCGGA